AUGUUCGAUUGCUGUGUGGUUGUUCCUCUAAUCUCCAAGAUGAAUCAAUUGAACUCUCAAAGUACAAAGAAACUUUCUCAAGGCGUAUGGCUAUGGCAGGUCUCAAACCCCAUCAUCAUAUUGCUGUGGGUGUCUCCUGGUGGUCCUGACAGCAUGGCGUUAUGUUUACUAGCUGCUGAUUGGAAAACUCAUGGACUGAAUGCUGCUUUAAGGCAAAACAAAGAUGUUAUUGAUGGAUUAUUGGCAAUAAUAGUUGACCAUGGAUUAUGUCCUGAAAGCAACGAAGCAGAAACAGUUCAACAUCGAAUCCUAAAUAUGAGAAUCAGAUGUGAGAUUGCCCAUUGCAAAUGGCCAGAUGGUAGGCCAAAACUCAGCCAUUUGCAAGAAGCAGCUCGUGAUAUGAGAUAUGAAAAGUUACAGAAUAUUUGCAUUCAACACCAGAUAGGGGCGGAAUUAUUUAUUCUUAGGCUAUCUCGCAAUAGUGGUGUUCUUGGAUUAGCUGGCAUGGCAUUGGCCACUCAGUUAUUUGCUACACAUCAGAGUCUUGAUGAUGGAAUUUCAAACAGCAUUCUACUUGUUCGCCCACUUUUGGAUUUCUCAAAACAAGAUUUGUAUAAGAUAUGUGAAGAGGGUAAACAACAGUGGGUGGAAGAUCCCACAAAUCAAAAUACAAUAUUUGCACGCAAUAGGAUCCGAAUGUCAUUGGGAAACUUAUCAUCAUGUAUAUUUAAAUCAGAGUUGCAAGCGGUUAUAUCCGCGUGUCGAAUGACUCGUGUCUAUGUUGACCAAAUUUGUUGCAGUUUGAUGAAUCAAUCUGUGACUGUUAUGCCAGAAGGAUACGCCAUUAUUGAUUUAAGUAUUCUAAAUCCAUCAAAAGUGCUUGAUAUUUGUCUAUCCAAGUUUGUGACACUCCUCUUACAGUUCAUAUCACAAAGGCAAAGACCAGUUCGUGGGAAUGCACAAAAGUUACUAUUGGAUUAA